CGCUGCGCCGCGGCUCCGCCACUCUCCCCAUGGCGCCCCGCGCGCUGCCGGGGAUGCUAGGAGCUGUAGUCUCCCGGCCUGUACGGCAUAGACCUGGCGGGGCGCCCGGCCCGGCCCGGCCCGGCCCGGCCCGGCCCUUCCUUUCAGGCUCAGUGCUGGAGGCGGCACGGCCUCUCACCUGCCCUGGAGGCAGCCUGUCCUCGCUCCUGAUUGGCUCAGGCACCCAAGCGCUCCUUUUUCUGAUUGGUGGGAAGACCACGGAGCCGAGGGGAGGGCGCCCAGGUUUGGGUUGCCAUGGCAGGGAAGGACGCUGGUCGGCCUGGCGCGGAGGGAUCCGCCCGUGCCUCCGCCCUGCCUCUCCUCAAGGACGGCAGCCACUUGUCCAGGGAUUUACAACAUCCCUAUCUCAGAAGAACAGAACUGCUUUGAGCGGAGGGAAAUCUGCAAAAGAUGGCCUGAAGCAGAAGCUCGUGACACCUUUGCAGACUAGGCUGAUAUGUAGUGUGAAUAACUCAGAAACUCCCUGGCUACCAAGAUUUACGUGUCCAAGACUUGUGAGAGAACAUGAUCAGCAAAGCCCUUGGCAGAGGUUCUCCUCAGCACCAGCAAAGAGUGGCGCAGAAAAUACUUUUGAAUGCAGUAGACGUUUUGGGAAGGAAAAUAAUACCAAAGAUUUGCUACCACAGAGAGACUUCUGUCGUGCAAAGAGAGCACCUGAUGAAGACAUUAUUGCUUCUGUUCAGUGCAUCUUGGACAGAGAAAGUUAUUUUGUAAGGGAGGUGGACACAUAUUUGAGGCACAGUGAUUUCUUAAAUCUGAGAAAGAAGGAGAUCCUGUACAAGAAAUGGCUUGAGGAUGUUUCAGAGCCACUGCUGCAGAAAAUUGAACACAAAAUGGACAGCCAGUCAAGCAAAGAAAUACAGAAAAGGAAAGAAGAACAACUCUCUCUCUAUUUAGACUACUGUAAAAAGAAGGGCUACGUGGCUUUGGAAACUUAUGACCCAUCAGAAUAUGACCCGUUCUUCCUGAAGACCCAUACGGACUGCUGGAAGGUUUCAAUACCACCUUUACAGGAUCCUCUGUUAAAAGACAUUCAAAGAAAAUUAAUUGAGACGGGCAUUAUCAAGCAGUGUGAGACAGGAAGACCAUGCUCUACCAGAGAGCUGAACAAACUGAGCAGAGCAGAACUGCCACAGCUUCCCUUGGGCCGGCAAGGCAUGGAUGCAGCCCAGUGGCUGAAGGUGCCACACGCCUACAUCGCGAGCGAGGUCCACCAAAGGAAGAGGCAAGAGCUAAUGUGGUGUUUACUGAGAGGCAGCACAACAGCUACGGUGGAUGAGGCCUCUCCUUGGCUGCAUAGCAGAGUAUUUGCUAAAACUUAAAUUUCAUGGUGAAUUCUGCUUUGUUGUGUAUUUCUCCUGAGAAAGGAGUGUUGGUGAAGGGAAAGCCUUCAGGUAUGGAUUGGACAGCAGGUUGUAUUAGAGCAGAGCAUUGAUGGUCAAGCUGAGCCUUGCAAUAAAGUGGCUUUUGGUGGGGUUUCCUGCAUUUUCUGCUUGCAGCCUGGCAGGCAGGCCUGCAUGUCAAGCUGUGGAAUAUCUCCUGGACGCUUUAUUGGAAGAUCUGAAAGGGUUUAGUGUUCAUACUUGCUUUGGAUUUUGGGGGUUGUUUUGCUAUCAGUUUCUAGAUUUUUGGGAGCAGAGCGAGGUCCCCUACUUGUAUCACAGGCUGGUUGAGGUUGAAAGGGACCUCUGGAGGUGAUCUUGUCCAACCCCCCAGCUAAAGCAGGGCCACCUAGAGCCAGUUGCCUAGGUCCAUACCCAGACAGCUUUUGAAUAUCUCCCAGGGAUGGAGACUCCACAGCCUCCCCGGGCAGCCUGUGGCAGUGCUUGGUCACCCUCACAGCAGCGGAGUGUUUCCUGGUGUUCAGAUGGUGCUUCCUGUGGUUCAGUGUGUGCCCAUGGCCUCUGGUUCUGUCACUGGACACCACUGAAAAGAGCCUGGCUCUGUCCUCUGUGUACCCUCCCUUCAGGGGUUUGUACACAAUGAUGAGAUUCCCCCUGAGCCUUCUCCAGGCUGAACUGUCCCAGCUCUCUAGGCCUUGUCUCAUAUUUGCUCUUUGACCACUGAGAUAAGGUUACAUGUCCUGGCUUAAGCCACCAGGCUGGUCCUGUACAGGAGCAGCCUGUGCUGAGGGAGCUGCGCACAACUCCAGUGCAUUGCAUCCUGUAGCUGAGCUUCAUAACAGGCUUUUUUUUUUUUGGUGUACGGGCUGGUUGGACUCAGAAUACAGUAGAGGUCACUAAUGGUGGUGCAGCGGUGCAGCUGCCUAAGCUGAAAACACUAGAGCCCCAGCUAGCCCUGAUAGAGAAGCAUUUGGGAUCAGUGAAGAGUGAUUCUUAUUUGUUGGGUUUUUGUAAUUAUGUUGGGUUUUUAAAGUCCCAGUGCUUGGACUCGCCCCUUUUGAAAGCUCUCUGGUUCUGCCAUUGCAGAGCACAACAGUUAAGGGAACUGCUGCUCCCCAGUGCCAACAGCGUUAAAGCUGAACUGGGCGCCUGAUGUCCUUCCCGAGCCAAGCCCGCUCUCUCCCCACCAGCCCCUGCUGUGGCCCAGUGCUUUACCCCAGCAUGUUUACAGCAGUUAUGGGAUAAUGACACGUUCCAGGAGGAAAACUAGUCACACAAACAUUUCCUGGAGUGACUCGGUGUGGGAACAAGCCAGUGCAGGAAGCCGCGCUGGGCUACAGCAGCCUUUGUGUUGCACAGACUGGCAAUUGCUUUUACUUCUUUUUUAAGGCAGAAAGUCAUCAGCCACCACAAAGGUGGCAAGAACCGAUGAUGGCACCUGUCCUCCAGCUGACUGCAGUGGCAAGCGCAGCCAUCGGAAGGUACCAGCUGCAGAAUAUGUCACAUCUUCUGCCACAGCAAGUGAUAGCAGGCUGAGUCUUGGGGCAAACUGCAAUAAACUCGCCGUCUGAAACUCACGGCUCUGAAGUGCCGUUACCCAGCAGCCAAAGAAGCGUUUGAGGUGCUGCUGCUGUUAUUUCCAGCUCCAGUUCAUGCUCAACAGGCCAAAACCUGCUGUUCUAGGACAGGGGUCCUCAAACUUUUUAAACAGGGGGCCGGCACGCGGAUGAAGUGGCAGGCAGUCAUCUGCAGCUGCUUGGUUCGCCCCCCCCCCCAAGUACCAGGGGCCAGACUGAGGACCCUGGGGGCUGUAUCCAUCCCGUGGGCCGUAGUUUGAGGACCCCUGUUCUAGGAGGUUUGACUUAGGCUCAGCUCUGUGAACGUUCUGUGGGUUAUAGGGUGACAGUCUUUGUAUUAAAGGAGAUGAACUGGUGAGAGAAGUUAGAAUAAAGUCUGGUAUAGGCUUCUCUUUGCUGCAGUGCAGAAUCUGUGUGCGACCCCCAGGUCUGGCAACAGCUACAGCUCCGGGUACUGCAGGAAGGGUGAAGGUCAGCAGUGGGCAGAGGGAGCAGCAAAGCUUGCUAAAUUGUAGCUGUAAUUGUUGCAAUUUUGCAUGAAGCUGAAAGAGGCCACCUUGAGAUUUAGGAACAAACCCCCUCCUUGAGAAGAAGGUGCUCCUGGCCGUGUGCCUGGCCAGCAGACCGGUACGGGAGAGUGGCUUAGAAGGCACUGAUAGGGAAAUGAUGGUUGGUUUUGUGCAAAUCUUUAUCAGAACUCCCAAAGUGAAUGUCUUGCAAACUAUUAUUUGCAAAAUAAUGUUAGGCUACUACCAAGGUUUCAAAGGACUUUCUCCUGGAGGCAGUGUACAAGCAGUAAAUCAAACUUUACCAUACGUAUUGAGUGUUCUGAGGAGGCAGGAAAUAAUGAGGGGGGAGGAGCGGGAAGCGUGCUUGUACAAAAUGCCUGGCAUUUUCCGGGAGGUCAGUGCUAAGCAACAAAGGCUGUCAGCACCCUCUAACUCAGUUUCUCUCUUGUUCCAGUGCGGUCCCUGUCUCCCUGCGAGUGUGACUGCACAGCAGCUCUCGUGUCAAAGCCUGGAAACGGAAUUUUCCCUCUGCUUGUACAAGAAGCUCCAGUCUCCCACUGCACAGACACCAUCUCUCAAGAGUUGCCAAGAUUUAGUUUUAUUUAGGAUUAGAAAUACUGAACCACAGAAAACUGUUAAAAGUAACAGAGGUUUACUCAGCCCUGUAACAGGAGGGUACACAGAUGGCAAUCAGGUGUGAAACUGUCAGACAUCAGCAUGUAUUGGUGCACCCAUGGAAAACAAGAGCAGGGGCUGCUCAGAAUUGCAUGCUGUGCUUUUUCAACAAAGCAGUUUAAGGAGGCAGUAAAAUGGUUACAAUGUAUCAAACUCUUUAUAAACAAACUUUUUUUUUUUAAAACCAUCUCUGAUUUUGGUACCAAGAGACAGUUUUUGGUGUUCUAUCAAUCUUGUUCUACAGAUUCAUGUUGGGGUGACAGUUUCCCCCGAGCAAACCUUUUAAACUCGUAAUAAACUCUUCCUGAUUUUAA